UUUAAGGCAUCGACGCCAAACUCAAACAGAUUUUACAAAAUUAGGCAAUUUAGAAAAUAUGGAGCAAUACAAAUUAAUUAACGCUGAGCUAAUGGAUCAGGUGCAGAGACAGCGAAUAUUAAUUGGGGAAAUGUUUAAAAACGGAGGUACUCCUUAAAAGACAGCUAAUGGAAGAACGUGAAUUACGCUUAGCCGACGUACAAUAUAAUGAAAACAAAUUGAAAUGUGCAGUCAGAACAUUACUACAAUCUCUCGAUAUAAAUAUGGACAGUAGUGCUGAUCCUCCUAUUAGCAGUAGAAGUUCGCAGACAUCAUCAGAAGAUAAAAGGCAGAGCAUAUAUAGAAGAGAGGAAGUUUGCUCCGAGUUGCGUCGAUCGAGCGCCUUGCUUCGAAGAACUGUGAUUCCAUCGCCCAGCAGGAGGAAGAGUCGCAGUUCAAGUACAUCUAGUGUUGUAAGUUGUACUGAGGAGGAAGAGGAAAGUUCCAAGGAGAGUAUUCACUCAACCAAUGAAGAGGUAACCGUGACAACACCGGAGCCACGCCAUUUGGCUGAUCUGCAGAGCAAUAUGAGCUCGCCAGAUACCCCAGAAUCAGAGGCAGAAGCUGAUGUUGCUGCCGCUUAUCCCGAUCAGAUGCCGAUGUCUAGGUGUCUUUCAAAUGCUGCUGCCUUGAUGAACUCCAUUAUCGAAGAGUGUGAGGAAGAGGAUGAGUCCUUGUCGUCUCCCAUUUCAGUGAACGACACGGACACAGAGGGACGCUGCACGGAGAUGUCAGCAUUGCCUCUGCGCGAUGUUACUAAUCAAACAUCACUUAAGUCAUCCGUUCCAAAAAUCAGAAAUGUAGACAGCAUUUCGCGUACUAAACAAAAUGAGUCUGAUAAUAGUAAUCAAGAAGCAAGAUGUGCUUCAAAGAUCACAACAGCACGAGGUAAAUCUUCGCGAGUCCCCAUUCAGGAGCAGGAGCAGCAGAGAAUAGAGCUUGUGAGAUGUGCUCCUAGACAGAAUUCUCCGAUUCAUUUGUCGGUGCCAGGUGACUCGCUGAAUGUGGAUGCAACUCUUACUCCUCGCCGUACCCAGUUAAAUUUCAGCAUCUUCAACGGAAUUGUCGAUCGACCAGAUGAUUGCAGCACACCUCAACGGAACCAUGAAAUGGUAAAUAGCGAAAGGAAAACAACUAUGAGAGCCAAACCCAGAGGGAAACGCACACAGAGCACUGUGGGCUGUAGUCUUAACAGGACAGAGGAGUCGAGCUGGAAUAGCUCGGCGCUUGGUCGUCCCAGUCGCAGUUGUCGACCCAAGUCGCUUAAGGAAAUAAGCCGCAAAAUUAAAAUGCGUAAUGAAUCGCAAUAAUUUGUGUUCUUAUAAAUUCUAUUCAAAUGUAAAAGUUUGUGUUAAGGCUUAAAUAAAUAUAUUGAAUGAUUCAAACACAAAGAUAGAAAGUAA